AUGUCGCUUCCAGGCUUAGAGCUCUCGCAGACUUCAGCGGAGAGGGAGUUUGUCUCCGCACCGCCAACGCAAAUCUCGCUGUCCAAGGGCUCCGAAUGGAGAUUUGAGGUGGCAUUUGGAACAGCGAUUCGGGUCAAGCUCCUGUCCGGCACCGCAGAGCUCUUCGGCACAGAGCUUGCCGCCUCGCAAACCUACGCCUUCUCCGGCACGAAAGCGGCGAUCUACACCUGGCAUGGCUGCACCCUGGAAGUCGGCGCGGGCGAUACGAUAUCGACGAUCGAUGGACUGGGCUCGGCGGGGAUGAACGGGGGCGCUGUGCGCGGGUACGGCGCUGGAGGCUGCCAAAGCGAAUACACGGCGGAGGAGACGCCGAUGGUGGAAUAUGCGAAUGUGCAUUUUGCGCUGGAGGCGAUGCGCCAGGAGGCCAAGGCGACGGGGAAGGAUGGCCCGCGGGUCUUGAUCCUGGGUCCGGAGAAUGCGGGCAAGACAAGUCUGGCGAAGAUCCUGACGGCGUAUGCGACGAAGGUUGGGCGCCAGCCGAUUGUAGUCAAUCUGGAUCCUGCGGAGGGCAUGCUCAGCGUGCCCGGGUCGUUGACUGCGACGGCGUUCCGGACGAUGAUGAAUGUGGAGGAGGGAUGGGGCAGUAGCCCCAUGUCGGGGCCGAGUGCGAUUCCUGUGAAGUUGCCGUUGGUUUACUUCUAUCCGCUGCAGAACCCGCUUGAGGCUGGGGCUUCCGUCUAUCGGCCUAUUGUAUCGCGGCUGGCGCUGUCGGUAACGGGGAGGAUGGCAGAGGACGAAGAUACCAGGGAGACAGGGAUCAUUGUUGAUACGCCUGGGAUACUUAGUCAGGGCAAGGCUGGCAGUCUUGAGGUUAUCAACCAUAUCGUGACGGAGUUUGCAAUCAACACAAUCCUUGUCAUCGGAUCGGAACGUCUCUACAGCACCAUGAUGAGAAGCUACGACAACAAACCCACAGCCAGUGCUUCCGCCGCAGCAUCAGAUGAGCGCAUAACUGUCGUGAAGCUCUCGAAAUCCGGUGGCUGCGUAGACCGAGACGCAGCUUUCAUGAAGGCAGUGCGCGAGUCACAGAUCCGGACGUACUUCUUUGGCAAUCCCAUACCCUCCACUGCGUCUGCUGCUCUUUCGGCCUCUGCAUCUUCCACCACCAAUGUUACCUUGUCCCCACAUGCGCAGCAGCUCGACUUUGACUCUUUAGCUGUGUAUAACUACACAAUUUCAUUACCUGAUGAGGACGAGGACGAAUACGAUCCAUCGCAACUCGGAACGGGCGACACAUUCAUCCCUGGCGGAAGCAAUGAGGCGGAGCGCGCCGAACCCCAGCAGGCAGAAGAUAGCUCAUUCACCCCUUCUAUGCCCGGAUUGGCCGGCUCAUCGGGCGAGGAUGCGACAUCCGCAGCCAACUCGGCUGUGCCUCUGAAGAAAGUCCCACGGCCGGCGCCAACGGUCCUCGCCAAUUCCCUCCUUGCAAUCACACACGCUGCUCCGAGCGCUCCUUCGUCUGAGAUCCGUGAUGCUAGUAUCAUGGGCUUCUUGUACGUGGCUGACGUGGACAGUGAGAAGGGCAAAAUCCGCGUUCUGGCUCCGAUAGGAGGGCGAGUGCCACCUAGGGCUAUUGUCUGGGGCAAGAAAUGGCCUGGAGAGGUGGUUGGUCUGGUGGGAUGA